AUGACUACGAGAACAAGAGUCCUCCUGGUGGGAGCGACCGGCGAGACCGGGAGUUCGAUUGUCGAUGGGCUUCUGGAGGCCGGCCACUUUGAUGUCGCCGCCCUCAUUCGCCCAAGGUCUAUGAUCAAGCCAGCAAUCGCCACUCUGCGGGAACGAGGGGUUGAAAUCCGGUCUUGCGAUCUCCAGGCCUCUGAAGAAGACCUGGUCCAGGCACUCAAAAAUAUCGAUGUCGUCGUCAGCUCGAUCGCCCCUUCAGAGCAAGAGUCUCAGAUUCCUUUGGCCAAGGCUGCGAAGAAAGCAGGUGUCAAAAGAUUUGUUCCCUGCGGCUUCAUCACGGUGGCGCCACCUGGCGGCAUCAUGUGGUUGAGAGACGAGAAGGAGAAAGUUUACAACCACAUCAAGCAGCUCUAUCUGCCUUAUACCAUUGUCGAUGUCGGCUGGUGGUACCAGCUCUCCUACCCGCGUCUUGCUUCUGGGAAGAUCGACUAUGCUAUGACAAUCGCCAACGACGAGAUCAUCGGCGACGGGACCGCUCCCACGGCACUGACCGAUCUCCGGGACAUCGGACGCUACAUCGCACGCAUCAUCGUUGAUGACAGGACUCUCAACAAGAUGGUGUUUGCGUACAAUAUUGUCAUGACACAAAACCAGAUCUACGAUCUCCUGGAAGAGGUCAGCGGGGAGAAGAUUGAGAGGAAUCAUGUUCAUGAAGAAACUAUCGUCCAUCGGGUCCUUGCCGCCAGGCAGUCUAGCGAGACAUACCCCUUCGACCCUCUCAAGUUCAUUCCUCGCUACAUCGCCGAGUACCAACUUUCAUGGGGAAUUCGUGGUGACAACAACCCUGAGUAUGCCAAGUAUCUCGGCUAUCUCACCUCCAAAGACUUGUAUCCCGAUUUCAAGCACUCCGAUUUCAAAGAAUACCUUGAAAUGGUGUGCCAAGGCACCGCCAAGGGCAUCUAUACCGGCCGUAUCGCCUCCAAGGCUCAGCAGCGGUCGUUCCCACGCACCGAGUCUAGCGAUUCGCUCUUCUCCAGAGGAAGGACAUUUCCUCGCACCGAGUCCAGCGAUUCGUUGUUUGGCAGAGUGUAA